CCACUAGUUAAGUCUCGAACUGAGUGCGCAUUCCCUGAGGCGGGGAUACCUUCUUAACCUUCUCUGUAUCAAUCAUCUCCAUUUUCUUUCCAUUUCUUUCCUUGCGACUCCUUUGAAUAUUCUUAGCCUAUCACUUACCAUAAACAUGUUUAAUCCGAACCUAGAUUCCCAUCACCCGCACCAAGAUCCAAAUAGCAACUCCGACCCUCAGGUUCCGCUUCGGAACCUAUCCCUGGUUCAGACCAGAAUCGAUUCUCUACGAACAUUUCUCUCCCAAUCCAUCAACACCAACACUCCAUUCACCAACGAUCAAAUAACCGUCGUCUCCAACCAGAUCGCCUCCGCCAUCAACAACACCAUAGUCAACGCCGCCGCACUCGUCUCUUACUCUCAAAACCUCACCGUUCCCGCCGCCCCCGUCCUCCCACCGACGAAUCUCAGCCUCAGACCAGAACCACCUGACAACAACUACCUCACCGUGGAUGACUCAGACGAAGAUCACGAAAUCGUGGAGCUCGACGCCGUGGAAUUACUCGCGGAGCAUCUCCAUUUCUGCGAGAUUUGCGGGAAAGGCUUCAAGCGCGACGCGAAUCUCCGGAUGCACAUGCGAGCGCACGGGAACAGAUUCAAGACGCCGGAAGCUUUAGCGAAGCCUUUAGACGACAGUGCACGCCGCGGUUCAACGCGGUUCUCGUGUCCGUUUGAAGGAUGCAACAGAAACAAGAAGCAUAGAAAAUUCAAGGCGUUGAAAUCGGUGAUAUGUGUUAAGAAUCAUUUCAAACGGAGUCAUUGUCCGAAGAUGUAUUCGUGUGAUCGGUGUCAUAAGAAGAAGUAUUCGGUGCUUUCGGAUUUGAAGAGCCAUAUGAGACAGUGUGGUGGAGAGUGUAGGUGGAAGUGUUCAUGUGGGACCACGUUUUCUAGGAAGGAUAAGUUGUUUGGACAUAUUGGUCUGUUUGAGGGUCACAUGCCUGCUGUUGUUUUGGAAAAUGAGGAGGAGAAAGGGAAACAAGUUGUGGUUGAGGAGAGUGAAGAUCCUAUGGAUAUGGAUGAAGAGUUCUUUGAUGAUUUUGGGUUUAUUGAUGACUAUUGUUUGAGGGAAGUUUUGGGGUUUUCUGAUAGUUAGCUAGUUUCAUGGAAUGAUUUCUUGGGGGGGUUUUGUUACAUUGGGUUGAGACAUUACACAAUUUGGGUAUAUUUUGUAUUCUAUUAGGAUAUUUGACAUUUGUAUCUAUGUCUUGGUUAGCUUUUGGUUCUACCAUGGCCAAAAUUGAUUUGGAUGGAUUAUGUCUUUAUGACUUUAUGUUAAUGUUGGAUUUGUCGAUCACAGCAAGUCCCAUCGCUUUUCCAGUUAUAGGUUGGGCAUGAUCACACUGAAUAGCAGAUGUGAUUAGACGCAAUAGAAAUAUUUUAGAGUCUUGUUCAAGAGGGGUCCAUUUUGUAAAUUGAUUAGUAAUUUUAGUAAAAAGCGAGUUUAUAGCA